UUCGAAUUCGUUCAUUCAUAGGUGGUACCAGCGAGAGUGGUCGUGCUAGUACCGCUUCUUUUAAACCGGUCGCGCGCGCGGAAAUACGAUUUUCUCCCUUAUAUUUAUAUAAGUAAAAUUAUGUUUUUUUUAAGACUGUAGUUUGGAUUUAAUUUAUAUAUGUAGGGGACAUUUUUCCAGGUACCUCGUAGCGCAAAAUGUCACAUUUGACACAAAAUGUCGCGGUUAUGCUCGCGAUUUUUAUUUUGUUGCUCGCGGUGGAAAUUCACUGUAAGCCGUCCUUAGGGGGGUUUAAGCUGAGAGGUCCGUUCAACCCCAAGGCGGAGAGCGAACCCUUAAAGCAAUACACGGGGAGAAAAGUCAGCGAUUCCAUUCGUAUGGUCUAUUUCCACGAUCAGACUGUGGCAGUGGUAGAAUUGGGACCGAGGAAAUUGCUACUUAAUUGCGAAAUUAUUGAAGUUCAUAAACCUGAUGAAUACUUACAAGUCCUAGGCGACCUAGCAGACACUGCAAGACCAGUAGGAAUCACCCUCCUAGAAAUGCUUACCCUAAUGGACCAAUGCAAAGAACUUGAAGAAUUUUCUGGACUAAUUAAACGAGAGUCACACAAUGAAACGAUGCAUCACCAUUCAAGAGGAUUUUGGAGCAACGACCCUUUAUCUUUGGUUAAAGGGAUUAUUCCAGGUACAAAAUGGUGUGGCUCAGGUGAUAUAGCGAACAGUUACUACGAUUUAGGUCCAGAACCGAGUGUAGAUGUUUGCUGUAGAACCCACGACCUUUGCCCGGUUAAAGUCAGAUCACGCUCCACCAACUAUAACUUGUCGAACUCGGCGUUCUACACGAAAUCCCACUGUGAAUGCGACGACAGGCUCUACAAUUGUUUAAAACAACAAAAGGACAUUCAACUGGCGAACUUUUUGGGAAAUAUUUACUUUAAUGCUUUCGGUGUGGAGUGCGUGGCGGAUGGAAGGGACGGCAAGCGGGAGUUCCGGAAACCUAGACGAAGAUUUUAGCCUGUUAAGCCUUAAAUUAUUAUUGACUAAGUGUAAAUUAUUAGGAAUUGCCAAAAUUGUACUGAUCUGUGAUUUAAAUAAAUAACAUUUAAAAUGUAA